UUUCAGUCUAGCUCAGUUUCUUUCUGUAAUUUAAUUUCUCUCAGUCCAGUUCAUUUACUUUCAGACUUCAGUUCAGUUCAGUUCAAUUCAACUGCCUCAAUCGAAAAGAGCGGGGCCUCACAACAAUCGACUAAAUGGUCAACCACGUGCGUAGGACACCAAACGUGUCACCUUUCAGGCUUUCACUACUCUUCUUCUUACAAUCUAAACCCCGUUAAAACCUCUCCUACGCAAUUCUUUCUUUCCCUCCAAUUAAUUUAUUAAGUACACCUUUUCUUAAAAAAAAAAAAAAAAAAAAAAACAACAAAUUUCAAUUGAAUUUGAAUGCUUAAUUAAUCUCAACAACAAUCAACAAUGGCGAUCUUCAGGAAUCUAUUCAAGAUCAUCAGAAACCCUAAUCUCAAAAUCACCACAAAAUCAACUCAGCAAUUCUCUCUCCUCUCUCGCAACCCUUUUCUCUCUCCUCCUCCUUACUCUCGCUUUCUCUCUCCUCUUUCUUCCGACCUCUUCCUCUCCUUUCCAACCUUCCAUGGCCCACUCUUCCUCUCUUCUCCGCCAUGGAUGCUUUCUCAGUCUGCUACACCUCUUCUCCUUCGCAGCGACGUCGUUUUGCCGUGUAGCUUGGAGCUUCUCCGGAAGACGAAAAUGGAGUUUCCGAUCAAGUUAGGGUUUGUUGAGAAACCUUCGGAUGAGAGGAGAGAGAAAAUUGAUGAUGAGGUUGUUGUUAAUGGCGGUGGUUUGCUCGAUAGUUUUGUGAAUUUGCCUAAUUUUAUCUCGAUUUCUCGAUUGAUUUCAGGUCCUGUGCUUGGUUGGAUGAUUGUAAACGAAUGGUAUCUUCCAGCGUUUGUGGGUUUGGCAAUUUCUGGUGCUACUGAUUGGUUGGAUGGAUAUGUCGCCAGGCGGAUGGGCAUCAAUUCUGUAGUUGGAUCUUAUCUAGAUCCUCUUGCGGAUAAGGUUUUGGUUGGAUGUGUUGCUGUAGCAAUGGUAGAGAAAGGACUUCUACACCCUGGACUUGUAAGCCUCGUGGUACUGCGGGACGUAAUGCUUGUUGGUGGUGCGGUGUACAAAAGAGGCAGUAGCUUAAGUUGGCAGUGGAAGAGCUGGUAUGAUUUUUUCAACCUUGACGGAACGCGUCCCGAGAAGGUUGAGCCUUUAUUUAUCAGCAAGGUGAAUACAGUUUUCCAACUCAUCUUAGUCGCUGCUGCCUUGCUGCAACCUGAUUUGGGAACUUCAGAGACUCAAGCAUACAUCACAUAUCUGAGCUGGCUGGUGGCUUCUACAACAGUGGGCUCUACAGCUGCAUAUGGAAUGCAUUACAUGAGGAACAGAUCCAUCUCUAUUGCAAGGAGCCAUUGACCUAAAAUUUUGGCACUCAUUUCUUAAGUUGCUGAAUGGUUGCACUUCAUGGAUCACCUGUGCACAAUGCUGAGAAGGUUGGCCCGUCAGACUGUCUUCUCCACAUCAUGCGGUACUGGCAACGAAGCUCAUUUUCAAAUGCCUGUAGACUAGACAAAAAAGUUUACUCAGCCAUGCUUCAUGUUCAAGUCUCCUCAAGUAGUAGAGACUGUAUCUCUUUGAGUUCCUGAAAAUAGUGAAGACAAGCGAAAGCCGGACUCUUGCCCCCAAAAUUGCUAGACAGAUCAAGACGAUCAAAUAAUUUUGUAACCGGCCCUUCCAUCUGUGUUUUCGCCAUUUUGUAAAUUAUAAUGUUAGGUUAGAAACCCUAAGAGGCGUAAAGACAUGUAAAGGAGGGACUAUAUCAGGAAUAUCAAGUGUUCCAUUUGUUGCGUAUA